AUGCUGCGUGACCAUCUGGCGAGGGUCUUGCUCCAAGCCACUGCCCACACCACUCACACCACUCAGCUUGCCGACCCUAGCGUGCCUAGCUGCCUAGAGGCUGCAGGUGCCAUGUCUCAACGUUUCGACGACUCCCCUGUGUGGCUGCCAAUCGUCAACCUUGCUCCCUUCUGGGCCACACGGCGCCUUCUCGCACACGUCUCACACCGUGGACCCUCGCACACCUUGUACUCCUUUGUCUACCUCGUACCCCUCACGAACCCGCUCCAGCACCUUGGCCCUGACUGA